AUGGAAGAUGAGAAGUCUAUCGGGAAGCAUGUACGCGUCCUCUGGAAAGGCCGUAGAAGCGUGAUCCAGCUAACGUAUUUGAAAUCGCGGAAGGAGACAAUCAACGAUCCUAUGUUACUGCCCGUUGUUGAGAAGUGUCCUCACGUUACCCAACUUCUUGCAAUGGGAACCAUCUUCAACCGAAUCAAUGACACCAGGAUAACUUUACCGUGUUCACGGUGUCCACCAAAACACGCGGUCGAAGGCUACAAUCAAAAGCAUAUGAGUUCAGACUUAUUUGAACAACCAGCGAUCAAUGUUCUCGGAGCGGCGAAGUGCGGAGUGAUGAAGGGUCGGGAAACAGACUCGAAACCGGUGGGCAAAGAGACAGGAGGAUCUACAUGCGCCGACGCUUCUCCCGUUGACCAUCAAGAUGUCGGAGGCCUCUCCAUGGGCUUCUCUUUCAUCGUCGGAGAAGACGUGGUGUUGUCUAUGGCCGGAGAGUGA